AGUAAGAGAAAUAGACGAAUGUAGCGAAUGGUGCCAUGGUGAUACGGUGAAAUGUAUAUAUCUAGGCAAUAUCACACUGAAAAUAAGGAUAUAAAUUAAGAUAAAGUCCAAAUAAAGAGACACGGACAACUACUCGAAUUCGAAUUUCCCGCUCGGAAAACGCGCAUUUCUCAACAAGUUUUGAACAUUUACUGAACUAAUGAAACUCUUGUUAUAGAUAAAUUUGUUUGCCAUAUUUCAAUCACUACUACAAAAAUAACAAAAGAGAAAAAAUAGAAAAACAAGUCCAAAUAAAUCGAGUUUACAGGUGGAAUCGGCAGUCAUUGAGAAAUAAGUAAACAACUUCAAAAGCGAGCAUGGAAAUGAGUGGUGAAGCUUGUAAUAACAACUCUGAGGCCAAAGACGAAGAUGUAGUGACUAUUUCAGACCCAUGUGGAACCAUACCGAAGGUGAAAUUUCAAGCCCCGCCCCGGCCCGCCAUCUCUCCCGCACCCUCCCUCACGCGGCUGGCGCAGCACCAUCAGCAGCAGCAGACUCAACAGCAACAACAGUCCCAGCAGCAACAACAGCAGCAGCAGCAGCAGCCGCCCCCGCCGCAGCAGCCACUCCAGCCCCCGCAGGCGGGGUCGCUGCAGCAGGGUGUCCAGGUGACCAGCAGCUCCGGGCCGCCGUCCCUGGUGGGGCUGGGGUCGGGCACCUCGGGCCUCUCGUGUGCGCCCCAGCCCCUGCCCGGCUUGGCACAAGGGCCCCCGCCGCACUUCCUGCAGGCCACGCCCCUGGUAGGCCUCCCUCCCCGCUCCUCCACCCCCCUUCCCCCCUCCCGCUACCCCUCCCUUCCAGCCGGUCACCCAGUACCGCCCGCCGCCCAACCCCCGCGUGGGCGCCGCGGGGCUGCCUCCCCCGACCUGCAACCCGGACGACCUUCCUCCCCCGUCGUUCCUACCCUCCCUGGCGCCGCGCUCCCCGCUAGGGGGCACGGGCAGCCUCUCAUGCCCCACUAGCCUCAGCGAGCAGGCGGCCGCUGCCCCCACCACCUCCGUCACCCUAACCAGCGGCUACGUGGCGGGGGGCGUACCCGGGCCCGGCUGCUGGUCUCUGCCCCGGGACCCGCACGUCGUCAGCGCCGCCUCCAGCGUCGCCA